AUGAUUUACUAUAGUAAUCGCUGCCUGUGGCGUUUAUUGCUGCACUUUAACGGCUCGGCCAUCACUUCCACAUCCACAUUAGGACGUGCUGUAGUCGUAACAGCGAUAUCAACUGCAUUGGUUUCUUUGCAACGCAAAACCUCGGCGCUGUUGCCCACUCAGGCGCUGGACCAAUUGCUACUAUCCGCAUCAGUCUUCCUUGCUGUUUUACUAGGACUACGAGUAUUUACAGCCUUGCGUCAAUGGCAACUGGGUGUUGAACAUGUGAGCACCAUUGCCGAUGCAGCACGUACGCUAACAACCACUGCCUGCUCCUUCGUGCACUUUUCGCGAAAGGGAGUGGCCGAUCGCAUGCAGAUCCGUAACAAGUGCCAAUUUAUUAGAGACGUCAAGCGGUACAUUCUACUAUAUGUGACGCUAGUCUUUCACGAUUGUAAUGAAAGUGAUGCUCCAUUAGAGCUACGGGCGCUGCUGACACAAAAAGAAGCCGAUGAAUUCUCAAGCACUGAAGUGCUGACCUUGGGUGAGCACACGUGGAAUAGAGAACGCAAUGUAGUUGGUUCUGCCAAUAAAAUGCGUGCAGCUGUGGUCGAACUUUGGCUGAGGCGGACAAUUAAUCGUGCGCGAAGAAAAAGUUACUUGACUGUCGAACAGGCUAUGGAACUUGACAAGAUUGUGUCAAAUCUUACGCAGAUAUACUCAAGGAUCUUCAAUCUAAGUAAUGUGCCCAUUGCAUUUAACUUGGCACAAUGUUUGCAUGUGUGUUUCGUCGGGUACUUGCUACUAAUGGGAGCAGCCCUAGCUCCCAAGAUGGGAUAUAUGUCACCCUUAUACGUGGGCAUUGCUGCAGUGCUCUUGUUUGCACUGGACUUCGUAGCUUCGUCGAUUGAGUGUCCUUUUGGUACCGAUGCUAACGAUGUGGACCUUGAGUCUCGCAUUUUGUGCAUUCAAGACGAGCUAAAAGUUAUACUCCAAGCACACUUUCAUUCAGUGGGACACGCAGACUUUUUUAAGGAACAAGACCGCAUGGCGUCACUGUCUUCGCUGUUGUCGGUAGAUAUUGACACUAUAAGUCGAGGACGCACGCGGCACGAGUCGGUCUCGUCGUCUUAUUCAUCCAAGGAGCGUCCGUCACAAUAUUUGGCGCCUUCAUCAAUGUCUGCCACUGAUCGCGCUGUAUUGAUGUCUAUCCAACCGGACGCUUAUGGAACUAUUAGCGAGAUAGACGACGAGGUUGUCGGCCUGCCAGAGAGAGAAGAGUACGGAUCAAAUAAAAACCCGCACAUCGCUGUAUAG